AUGGCCGAUCAAACUGACUUACGAGAUCGUGUCGUUGGCAUUGAGGACAAGAUGAAGCAAGUCCUCGCCGCAAUGCAACAGAUGUCUGCUGAGAUCAAAGCCCUUCGGCUGACUCCCAUUCCUGCAUCCCCUGAGGCAUCAGCCCUAAAGCAUAAAGGUGAAAAAAAUGUCGAUAGUGAGGAAGAUGAUGACCUUCCCGAUUUAGUAGAUGACCCCGUCCAGAUUAUCGUCAACAAGGACAAACCUGAUGAACGAGUUAACAAACUUGAAGAGAGAGUGAAGCAGCUGGAAGGCUCACAUGAUUCACCCUCAAUUGACUUGUCUUUGUACUCACAGAUCAAAAUCCCGAAGAAGUUCAAGAUGCCAGACUUUGACAAGUAUAAUGGCACCUCCUGCCCAAAAGCCCACCUGCAGCUAUAUCACGUACAAAUGACACCGUACGUUGAUAAUGAACUCCUGAUGAUUCAUGCAUUUCAGGCAAGUCUGACGGGUCCUGCCUUGAACUGGUAUCUCAUGAAGAAGAUAAAUGGCCUCAAAACCUGGAAGGAAGUUAGCGAAGCAUUCCUAAAGCAGUACAGGUUCAUAACGGACAUCAUUCCCACCCGUGAUGACCUCGAGCGUGCUCAGAUGAAGAAGAAUGAGUCAUUCAAGGAUUAUGCUAUCAGAUGGAGAAACAUAGCCGCACAGAUUAUCCCAGAACCCAUAGAUAGUGAAUUGAAGAGGAUAAAUUUGAAAGAUGGGUGGUUUGUGGAGCCGUCUUCCUCGACCAAAAGAUUUGGUGCAAGAAAGGAGAAAGAGCCGGCAGCUGAAGUGAAUGUGACUUAUACCCAACCGGGCCGGCGGAAUGCUAACCAUGUCCCAGCAAUCCAAGUAGCAGAAGCUCGACAACAAAAUAUGGGUCGUCAACCCUUUCAGAAGAAGAACAACAAGAGGCAAUUCACCCCCCUCCCCGGGUCGUUGUCUCAAGUAUUGGCGGUCCUCCGAAAGAAAGGCUUGCUUACCACUGAGCCAAAGCGGCCCAAUCCUGAGCAAUUCUAUAACUAUGACCCAUCUAAGAAAUGUGAUUAUCAUAUGGGCGAAGUGGGGCAUUCAACUGACAACUGCUUUACCCUCAAGCAUCGAAUCCAGGAUCUCCUGGACACAAAGGCUUUCUCAUUCCAACCUGCCAGGCCGAAUGUUCUAAACAACCCGCUCCCUGAUCACACGGGCAAUGUGAAUGGCAUAUUUAGUUUCGAUGCUGGUCGAAUCAAGAAUGUCAAGGUGUAUACCACCGACGUCUACGGUGAGUUAGUGAAAGCCGAUUAUUACCCAAGUAACGAGGUCCUUCCCCUGGCUAUCAUGAGAGAAAGAAUCUCAAGAAUGGUAGAAGCUGGGAUGAUCGUUUAUGCUGACCACACUGGCAUCGUUUCUACUAUCUCCGAAGUGGUUAUUAAUUGGGAGGAGGAGUUUGCUACAUUGAACACUGGGAAGGACAAGCUCGACCCUUUACUUGAAGACAUGCCUCCGCUCGAAGACGCAUCUGAUAAUGAAGAGAUCGUAGUGAAGGCCUUGGUAGGACUGGUCAAGGUAUCAGCCAACCGGUGGAAGUCUCUUGGAGGCCCCACACUACUGGGUUAG